UUGACAGAGCUCCAACGCGAGGUGACGCUCAUUUGACUGGACCUUCUCCAGAGAGGGAGAGAGAGAGAGAGAGAGAGAGACCAGAGUGGGCUGGAAGCUUCCACGAGCCGGAAGAACACAACCAGCGAGGAGGAGUUUCUCUGUUACAGGGGAUGGAGGUAGACUGUCAGCCCGAGGAGUCCAUCGCCUCUUCAUUUGACGACGACUGUGUCCAGCUUGGUGACGUCAAGGACAUGAGAUUGGAGGCAGAAGCGGUGGUCAUUGACGUACUCUUUGCUGUCACUGAAAUGCACGUGUCGCAAAGUCUCAACAGUGCGUUGGACAUGGCCCACAUAAAUGUGGAAACAAGAGAGGGAAAUCGGUAUUGUCUGGAGCUCACAGAGGCAGGACUGAGGGUGGUGGGCUAUGCUUUCGAUCAAGUGGACGAGGAUUUGAGCAACCAGUAUCAUGAGACUGUUUACUCGCUUCUGGACACACUGAGCCCAGGUUACAGAGAAGCCUUUGGGAACGCUUUGCUGAAGCGGUUGGAGAGACUCAAGCAAAACGGUCGAUAAAAAAAGAAAGAAAAGGGUGGAGCGAAAUAUGCUGCUUGAGUUGUACAAGUGACACCGGGAUUGAUAAUGUGGGUGUAUAAGUCUGGUCAAAUAUUAUAGCCUAUAAUGUGACAUCCACCUGCCUAGCAACCGCUAUUAUACGUGGUACCCUGCCUUAUCAACUUUGCUCUGUUCUGAUUUUCAUACCAUUGAAUGACUCCAUGUUUGAUACUUCAGUGACUGCUCGGGAUUGUUUGUACGGUUGCAACAUUGUGUUGUUGACUCAAACUGUGGAAUGAGCUUCCAGCUUCCACGUGUUACAGGUUUGUAACUAACACAUUAAGGAUUCUGCACCGUUUGUACUGUGAUCGGAGAAAGCAGCAGCAAGUUGUCCUGGUAGAAGUCCCCGCCCCCACCGCCCUGCUUGCACUAAAGCAGUGACCUGAUGACAGCUCUUUGCUCAAAUAUACUCACAAGUUCACAUUCAGCAGGUGACCCCAUGAAAGACCCAAAGCUGUAUUCUUUGUGUAGCUCAUAUUGCCUUAAUGAUUGACUUUUGGUAGGAAAAGUACAAAAUGAACCCAUUAUGUUUUUGAUUGUGCCGAAGGAGAUUAUGGCAUUUUUUCUCGGGCUGUCAAUUCACAUGGAUAUCUAGGUCAGAAACACAAAACUUAUUUGAAAGCUAUGAUUAACUGAAACCAAUCAAAUAUUAAGUUUUCCUCCAUUCUGCAAGUGCAUUACAUCUCAAGCUUUCAUUCCAAACUGAUGCUGUUAAAGUAAAGGAGCCAUCCUUGUGGAGAUUACAAGUACUAUCUUUUUUUCUCGACUCAAAACAUCUUAUUUUCGCCACAAUGCAAAUCAUUAGCUUCUAUUUGGUAAGGACGUCUGGAGUUUGCCUUUAGUUGAUGUUGGUUUAUUGUACAUGUGACCUGGUUAUGAUCCCACCUCAGUCUUAUGAAAUCUACUCUAAGUAAACACAUUCUAUUUGCAUUCAUGCUGUUAUUCCUUGCUGCUGGCCUUUGCUAAAGACAAAUAAAAAUCUCAGAAAUA